GAUUAUUCUAUCUUAAUCAGAUGUCUUAAGUUCGAGGGAAAGAGAAUUUGGUGGUCUCAGAAGGUGUUACACUAUAAAUUAUGCUCUUAUGGUGUGUCAUUUAUGCUAUACUGUGUUAAUAGAAUUACCUGAAAUUUGAAGAGUGAGCUAACUUCAUUAUGGGAAUUUCUUCACAGCCUUCUCUUGUUUCCCUUUCUUUGAAAGAUCUGAUUCAGGGAACUGAAGAAAACAGAACAUCUUCAUCAUAUGGGUGUUUGCGGAGCAAAGCCUUGGCAGCACAAGCCAAGAAGGUGAAGGGUACAAAGAGAAGUGUUAGGAGGCCAAGGAGGAUUUUGAUGAUGAAGAGAAGAAGUGGUUCUAGAAGAGGAUCCAACAAUGGGAUUAGAAGACGUGUGAGAAAAUUGAAGAGCCUUGUGCCAAAUAGUGACUCUUUGGAGUUGGAUGGACUCUUCAGAGAUACUGCUGAUUACAUAUUGUCUCUACAAACGAGAGUGAGAGUCAUGCAGGUUAUGGUGAAGGUAUUGACAGGCUCUGACGACGAGUGAUUGAUUUGUUUGUGUAAAGACUGAUUAUAAUUGAGAUUUUUGUUUUCCUUGUGGGUUUGUUGCUACAGAAACAUUGGUUUCAGAAUUUCAUGUUUAUUAUUGUUUCAUGUCAUCUAGAUUUAGAUCAGUUUUAUGAUCAUGGUGUCAAAGGUGAAUCAGUAUAACUGGCUUAUUACAGUCUUUGUUAUUAAUUAUAUAACUAUAUUUACCUGUAUUAAUCAAUCA